AUGCCUGGCAGACAAUCCCAUGGCGCUCCGCCGUCAAAAAAACCAAAGCCUCGGUCUAAUACAAAGAAGAGAUCCAUGAAUGCUUUUUCGAUUGCCUCCCACGAAAAUCCAGAAAAUUUCAAGAUUCGCCAGCAUAGACUUGGUGCACAAGAAGGUGGAAAUAGGCCCGGAAAGCGCCGUAGAGACGACGACGACGAGGAUGAAGAAGAUGAAGAAGGAGAGUCGAAGAAGCAACGUAAAGGCCCUGCGAAAGGGCGUUUUGAAGAAUUGGAUAUAGAUCACGGAAGCGACAGUGAGGGAAAUGAGUGGAAGCUUGGACAAGUCGACAGCGAUGAUGAUAGCGACUUGGACAGUGACGAAGCUUUUGGAGAAAGUGACGAGGAGCGAUUUGAAGGAUAUGCGUUUUCCGGAAGCACAGAUAAAAAGUCCAAAAAGAAAUCGAAAUCUCGCACCAAGGAUGUUAACUUGAACGAAGAUGACGAGAUGUCAGAGUCGGAUUCAGAGUUAGAGGAGGGGGAUCUCGGAGAAGGUGCAGUUGAUCUUGCUACAAUGCUAGAUAUGGCUGAAGAGGAGGAAGAGGAAGAGAAAAGACUCAAUGGCAAGGCACUGGACAAAGAUCUCUCGGAAUCAGACGAUGAAGGCAGCUCUGAGAGCGAUGAAGAAUCUUCAGCUUCCUCGGCGGACGAUGAUGAUGAGACCUCAGAUCCUGCCAAAAUCGCAGCUCUUCAGCGAAUGAUUGCAAAUCUUCCACAGGCCGACGAAACCACUCGUCCAUCUAAGCAACGCAGUGACGGGGCCAGCGAGUACAACACACCCUCUGACUUUGGGCUCACAUCAAAGACCAAACUUACGUUGGAAGAUCUGGGGUUACCUAGCAUAAAUGAUCCGCACAUCAAGAAGUCACUCAAAUUCAUCGAAUCGGAUUCUAAAGGGGCCGUCAAACGGAAAGGGGUCACAGCAAAGCUAGCAGUCCCUCUAGCGAAGCGCCAGCAGGAUCGUUUGGAUCGCAGUGCAGCUUAUGAGAAGAGCAAGGAAACUUUAGACAGAUGGACCGAUACCGUCAAGCACAACCGCCGAGCAGACCACCUCAUGUUUCCACUCCCCGACCACGAAAUGACGGCUGUAAAAAAGAACGAUAAACUCGUCCCUACAAACCAGACCAAACCUUUUAAUGAGUUGGAAGCAACCAUUCAGAGUAUCCUGGAAGAAAGUGGUCUCGCCACGGCAAACGGGAAAGACGAUGAAGAUCACCUUCGCGAGUUUGAGGAAUUAGAGACCAAGAAAAUGUCUGUAGAGGAGGUCAAGGCAAGGAGAGACCAGCUACGAAUGGCUCGAGAGCUCAUGUACCGCGAAGAGGCGAAAUCAAAGCGGAUCAAGAAGAUCAAGAGUAGAUCUUACCGCAAGGUUCAUCGGAAGCAACGCGAGAAGGAGGAGCGUCUAAACCAAGAGGCGCUAGCUGAGGGAGGGUUCGUACCUUCUGAAGAUGAGCUAGAGGAGCAGGAUCGUAGACGUGCUACUGAACGUAUGGGUGCAAAGCAUAGAGGUAGCAAAUGGGCGAAAGCUACGAAGCAAAUCGGACGAGCUGCUUGGGAUGAGGAUGCACGAGAUGGGAUCACGGAUAUGGCACGAAGGGACGAAGAACUCAGAAAAAGAGUGGAGGGAAGGGCGGUGAGGAAGGAGUUUGAGGACAACUCUGAUGCUUCUCUCACUGAUUCCGAGGAGGAUAUCAGUGAGGAUGAUGAUGCUGCCGAACAAAAUCGACUUCUUCGACAGUUGAAGAAAGCCAGCGCAUCGGAAUUGGUGGACGAGUCUGCCCCAGGCGCAAGAUUAUCAAACAUGAAGUUCAUGCGCAAAGCGGAAGAAGCACGCAAGAAACAGAAUGAUGCAAUGGUCGAAGAUAUCCGGCGAGACCUGGUUGGAGAAGAGUCUGGAAGCGAAGACGAGGAGCAGGGAGAUAUUGGGCGCAGAAUAUUUGGGCCAAACAGCAACAAACCUCGAGAAACUUCGAAAACGCCAAAACUCAACGAGUUCGAGGAACGCGAAGGCUCAGAUGCAGACGAGGACAACAUGGAUAUAGAAAUCCAUGGACUAGACAACGACCCCAGAAACACCUCGGGAUCAACCCGCAAGUCGACGAAGGGCUCAUCAAAGAAAUCGGAAUUGGCGGUCUCUAGAAAUCAACCAGAGGUGAGUUCGGAAGGGGGAGCUUGGUCCAAAGUCCCUUUGAAAUCUACAGUGGUCAGUGAAGCGGAGGCCAAAAGACGUCGUCACAAGAAGAACAAUGCUGUGGAUGUCGAAGAAUUGGAUCUAUCCAAGGCUUCCGUCAUCGCUUCUAAGCCAAAACCAGCCAAAAAGUCCAAACCCGCGGCACUUGAAAUAGGCUCAGACUCGGAUGAGAGCGAUGAUGAAAACGCUGUCAAGCUUCCGUUUGCGAUUCGUGAUCAAGAGUUGAUUAAAAGAGCGUUUGCUGGUGCAGAUGUUGUUGGCGAAUUCGAGGCAGAAAAGAAGCAAACUAUUGAAGACGACGAUGAUAAGAUCAUUGACAACACCUUGCCUGGAUGGGGAGCCUGGACUGGUGACGGUGUGAGCAAGAGGGAGAAGGCCCGAAAUAAAGGACGUUUCUUGACGAAAGUCGAAGGAGUCAAGGAGCAGAAUAGAAAAGAUGCGAAGCUUGACCGCGUGAUCAUCAGCGAGAGGCGUGCCAAGAAGAAUAGCAAAUACCUCGCAUCGACCCUACCUCAUCCUUUCGAAACUCGACAGCAAUACGAGAGGUCUCUACGCGUUCCUGUUGGACCCGAAUGGACAACUAAAGAGACUUAUCAAGAAGCUACGAAGCCCAGAAUAUUGCUCAAGCAAGGCAUUAUUGCCCCGAUGUCCAAACCAUUAUUGUAG